UGUCAAAUUUUUUCCUUGACGUCCACAUUUCGAAAGUCAUCAAACAUCGGCAGUUUGCAGGAAUUUCAAUCUAAUUAUUGUUUUUGAGUUACUUGAGGUCUCAUAUAAAUUUAUCGAUAUGGGUGUUGAAAUACAAGACGUUGAAAUGAAAAAUGCCGAUAGUCCACCUGGUCCAGAAGCUGGAGAUUCUAAAAGAGACAUCGACCUCCAAAGUCUUCUAGAACUCAGAGAGCAAGUAAGACAAAUUGAAAAAGGCGUAAGUAGUAAAGAGAACCGUUUCAUAUUGAGAGUUCUGAGAUGCUUACCGAACACCAGAAGAAAAUUGAAUGGUGCAGUUCUUAGAGGUCUCAUCACUCAAGUUUUUCCUUUGAAUGAGAGAGAUACUAUGUUGACCUAUGUUGAAGAUAGUUCAGGAGGAAAUGAAAUUGAGACACAAACUCAAAGAACGAGAUCUGCAACCAAAACGCCUGUACCCGAAGUAGAUACGUAUAUUCAUCUUUUAAUUCUGGUUCGUUUGAUAGACACAUACAAACUGGAUGAAGCUUCAAAAUGCUCAGAAUUAUUAAUGAGCAAAGUGACCUCUCAAAAUAGACGUACUUUGGAUUUGGUUGCAGCAAAAUGUUAUUUCUACCACUCACGAGUCGCAGAGUUGACCAAUAAACUAGAUUCUAUAAGGUCUUUUCUACAUGCUCGUUUGAGAACUGCAACAUUGAGAAAUGAUUUUGAAGGCCAAGCAGUUUUGAUCAACUGCUUAUUGAGAAACUACCUCCAUUAUUCUCUCUAUGAUCAGGCUGAUAAAUUAGUGAGUAAAUGUAUCUUCCCUGAAACUGCCAGUAACAAUGAAUGGGCUAGAUUUUUGUACUAUUUAGGAAGAAUCAAAGCAGCUAGACUUGAAUACAGUAUUGCUCGCAAACACUUAGUACAAGCAAUGCGAAAGGCUCCUCAAAAUGCUGCUAUUGGUUUCAGACAGACUGUCCAAAAACUCUUAGUAGUUGUGGAAUUGUUGUUGGGGGAUAUACCAGAAAGACAAAUAUUCAGACAAGCUAGUAUGCGGCAUUCUUUAGCUCCUUACUUCCAGCUCACCCAAGCUGUUCGUAUGGGCAAUCUGCAGAGAUUUGGAGAAGUUUUGGAAAAUUUUGGUCCUCAGUUCAGAUUGGAUCAUACUUAUACUCUAAUUUUACGAUUGAGGCACAAUGUAAUUAAAACAGCAAUCCGUUCUAUUGGAUUAUCCUACUCUAGAAUUUCCCCUCAAGACAUUGCAAAGAAGUUAGGAUUGGAUUCUGCUGAAGAUGCUGAAUUUAUUGUUGCAAAAGCAAUUAAGGAUGGUGUUAUUGAAGCUACUUUAGAUCCUGAAGGUGGAUAUAUGCGAAGUAAAGAAAGUAAUGAUAUUUAUUGCACAAAGGAGCCACAAAUGGCUUUCCACCAGAGAAUAUCCUUCUGUUUAGACCUGCAUAAUCAAAGUGUGAAAGCAAUGAGGUAUCCUCCUAAGGCCUAUGGUAAAGAGUUGGAAUCUGCUGAAGAAAGACGUGAGCGAGAACAACAAGACUUGGAGCUUGCCAAGGAAAUGGCAGAAGAUGAAGAAGAAGGCUUUCCUUAAUCAAUUGCUUACUCUAUUCGAUUGUAUUAUCUGAUACUUUAGUGAAAAAUAUGUCAUCAGUUUGUAUUUUAAACCUCAUACUUAGUGGUAAUACUAAUAAUUUUGCAACAGUAGGAUAAUUGUGUAACUAUUUGCUGAAUAUAUAAAUCUUUCAAUCACCA